UCAGUUACGUUUCGACGGCCAACGCGUCGAGUGCUCUGCUUGCUGAGAGAAAACAACACAAAUAGAGACAGCAGAAGUGGUUCUUCUUCUUCAUACUCGCAUUCUCUCGCGCUCUCUUCACCGUCUGUGUUAACGGUCGUGGCGCGUCGUGUGCGUGUGUGUUAGUGUGCCAGUUAAACAAUGAGAAAUUGAUUCCCACACCAAAACAGCCAAAAAAAAAGACACCGGACGCAAAGUGUUAAUCAGAAUAGAAUAAUUUGUGCAAUCACGAGCAACGAAAACAAACUGCAAUUUUUUAAACAUUUUUUUCGUGUGCAACCGUAAACAAACCAAAGAAGUUAAAAAGAGAGCGCUAUUUGCGAGCGGGGAAAACUAGAAAACUAAAACUACAACUGCAAAAACAGCGAUAAAAAUGGGUGAACUGCCGACAAAUUCAGUCGGCGUCUUUUUGGCGCUGCUCCUCUGCAGCUGCUCUUUAAUAGAACUGACCCGUGCGCAGUCCCCCAUCCUGGAGAUUUAUCCCAAACAAGAAGUCCAGCGCAAGCCAGUGGGCAAGCCCCUGAUCCUCACCUGCCGGCCCACAGUUCCCGAGCCGUCCCUGGUCGCCGAUCUGCAAUGGAAGGACAACCGGAACAACACCAUUCUGCCCAAGCCGAAUGGACGCAACCAGGCGCCGAUGUACACGGAAACGCUGCCCGGCGAAAAUUUGGCCCUGAUGAUUACCUCGCUGUCGGUGGAAAUGGGCGGCAAGUACUACUGCACCGCCUCCUAUGCAAAUACGGAGAUCCUCGAGAAGGGCGUCACAAUUAAAACUUACGUGGCUAUUACCUGGACAAAUGCACCGGAGAAUCAGUACCCCACUCUUGGCCAAGACUAUGUGGUAAUGUGCGAGGUAAAGGCCGAUCCCAAUCCAACAAUCGACUGGCUGCGCAACGGAGACCCGAUCCGCACGACCAACGACAAGUACGUGGUGCAAACCAACGGCCUGCUCAUCCGAAAUGUCCAGGAAAGCGACGAAGGCAUCUACACUUGCCGUGCAGCCGUUAUCGAAACUGGUGAGCUACUGGAACGCACCAUUCGCGUGGAGGUCUUCAUUCAGCCGGAGAUCGUAUCGCUUCCCACCAAUCUGGAGGCCGUCGAGGGCAAGCCAUUUGCAGCCAACUGCACAGCAAGAGGCAAACCAGUUCCGGAGAUCAGUUGGAUUCGCGAUGCCACACAACUGAACGUGGCGACCGCCGAUCGCUUCCAAGUGAAUCCCCAAACUGGCCUGGUUACCAUCAGCUCCGUUAGUCAGGAUGAUUACGGCACAUACACAUGCUUGGCCAAGAAUAGGGCCGGUGUAGUGGAUCAGAAGACCAAGCUGAAUGUUUUGGUGCGUCCGCAGAUCUAUGAGUUGUACAAUGUGACCGGGGCCAGGACCAAGGAGAUUGCCAUAACCUGCCGUGCCAAGGGACGUCCGGCACCGGCGAUUACCUUCCGUCGUUGGGGAACACAGGAGGAGUACACGAACGGGCAGCAGGAUGACGAUCCCCGCAUCAUUUUGGAGCCGAAUUUCGAUGAGGAGCGCGGCGAGAGCACCGGCACCCUUCGCAUCGCCAAUGCCGAGCGUUCCGACGAUGGACUGUACCAGUGUAUUGCCCGGAACAAGGGAGCCGAUGCCUACAAGACCGGACACAUUACCGUUGAAUUUGCUCCGGACUUUAGCCACAUGAAGGAACUGCCUCCGGUUUUCUCGUGGGAGCAGCGCAAGGCGAAUCUCAGCUGCUUGGCCAUGGGCAUCCCCAAUGCCACAAUCGAAUGGCACUGGAACGGUCGCAAGAUCAAGGAUCUGUACGACACCAAUCUAAAGAUUGUCGGCACUGGACCCCGCAGCGAUUUGAUUGUGCACCCCGUAACGAGGCAGUAUUACUCAGGAUACAAGUGCAUUGCGACUAACAUCCAUGGAACCGCCGAACAUGAUAUGCAACUGAAGGAGGCACGUGUCCCUGAUUUUGUGUCCGAAGCCAAGCCAAGUCAACUGACCGCCACCACGAUGACCUUCGACAUUCGGGGUCCAUCAACCGAACUGGGCCUGCCCAUUCUGGCGUACAGUGUGCAGUACAAGGAGGCCCUAAAUCCGGACUGGUCGACGGCCUAUAACCGCAGUUGGUCACCAGAUUCGCCGUACAUUGUGGAGGGACUGCGACCACAGACGGAGUACAGCUUCCGAUUCGCCGCCCGCAAUCAGGUGGGAUUGGGAAAUUGGGGCGUCAAUCAGCAGCAGUCGACACCACGACGAUCGGCACCGGAGGAGCCCAAGCCACUGCAUAAUCCCGUCCAGCACGACAAGGAGGAACCGGUGGUCGUGUCACCCUAUUCCGAUCAUUUCGAGCUGCGCUGGGGCGUGCCCGCCGACAACGGAGAGCCUAUUGAUAGGUACCAGAUCAAAUACUGUCCGGGCGUUAAGAUCAGCGGCACCUGGACGGAACUGGAGAACUCCUGCAACACCGUUGAGGUGAUGGAGACCACAUCCUUUGAGAUGACCCAGCUGGUGGGCAACACCUACUAUCGCAUCGAACUGAAGGCGCACAACGCCAUCGGCUAUUCCUCGCCUGCUUCCAUUAUCAUGAAGACGACACGAGGAAUUGACGUCAUCCAGGUGGCUGAGCGACAGGUCUUCUCCUCGGCGGCCAUCGUGGGCAUCGCACUCGGCGGAGUCCUCCUGCUCCUGUUCGUGGUCGACCUCCUCUGCUGCAUCACCGUCCACAUGGGCGUCAUGGCCACGAUGUGCCGCAAGGCCAAGCGAUCGCCCUCCGAAAUCGACGACGAGGCCAAGCUGGGCAGUCUUUACGGUUGGCGUUUUCCGCUACCUUAUUGCAGUGGCCAGCUGGUAAAGGAGCCACCGCCGUCGCCGUUGCCACUGCCGCCGCCCGUCAAACUGGGCGGUUCGCCCAUGAGCACGCCAUUGGACGAGAAGGAGCCGCUCCGCACGCCAACAGGCAGCAUCAAACAGAACUCGACCAUCGAGUUCGACGGGCGAUUCGUGCACUCACGCAGUGGCGAGAUAAUCGGGAAGAACUCGGCGGUGUAAGAGGGUAUCCACCUUGUCCUGGAACUCCACAGUCCGACCGCAAUGUGCACAAAACAAAGAGGAGGGAAGAUAUAUGGAAAUACACAUAUAUGUAUGAUGAUCAAGCGAGAACAAGCCAAAGCCAAAGCUGGGGGAAGAGCACUUGAAUAUCGAUCGAUUGGCACACUAAGUUGGUUUUAAUUUACUUUCGUACACAGCGUAAAUCUUACUAAAUGUCUUACUAUAACGCAUACGAUAUCUUAACAACAUCUAACAUCUAAAACAUAGCACAUUAAGCUCGAAAAACCAGCAAGCAAGCAUACGAAGAAGAAGAAAGAAAUAAUAACUCAAUGUCGCUUCAUUUGCUAGUUUAAACAAGUAUUUUAUAUCGCUGCAUUUGCUUUGUUUUUCCUUAGUCCAAAAAAAGUCACAAAUGAACACAAGAAAUUACAAAUAACGAUGAACCAAGCUGGAGAAGUAAAUGAAUAUGCAAGAGAUAAAAUGAAAGGACCUAGCCUAAGUUAUAUAUAUAUGAAUGUAUGCAAGAAAGAAAUCUUAAAUUAAUGCCUUACAAACAAAAAAUUACAAUUAUUUAGCAGCUAAAGCGCAGAGGAGGGAUUUAUGCAUGUAAGCCGCAAGGAAUGAGACCGAUUUCUUUAGUAUAACUAACUUAAACAUGCCAUAAAUAAGUUUUAACAUUAAGUUUGCCCCUGAUCCUGAUCAUCAUCCCCCACCAAUUCGUAGUACUUAAAACGCUAAACAAAAGACUUGCGAGCAUUUCUUUCCACAAAACCAUGACAUUGGAUAGAUUAGAGGAAGAACAGCAAAAGAAUGGACUUGAAUAACAUACUUAGUUGAUAUCGAAAUCCUUGGUUUCCUACUGCUAAUUCGUAUACUUAACCACCAGAAAGUGUAACCCACAGACGGCACUUAUUGAAUAAUGCUCAAUGUACAUUAAUGUUGAAGAAAUUGAAUAUUUGAAAAUGUUUACAAACUGCUUAGCUGCUUGAACAACGGAAAUAAGCAUCCCGAACCACCGCAUCCGGUUCAUGGCACACAAGAUCAAUCUUGAUGAGAGAAUCUAUGCUAAGUUAUAGAAUUAUUCGAGAACUACGAGAUUGCCAAACAUUAACGACCUAUCAUAACCUUUCAUCCCACUUCCAUCGAACAACUGCAAAUCGCUCAGUUUUGUGUUAAAAGUAUUUUCUUAUGUAUGUAAAAAUUAAACAAAUUGUAGUUAAGAGAUCUGAAACGCAUUAAUCUAACGGAUAUAUAAAUCUAAAAAAAUAUAUAUAUGUAUGUACAUGUAUUUAAAGUUACUCGUAAGUUUUUUUUUCUACACGAAACAGAUAAUACAAAAUAAAAAAAAAAAACAAAACCAAAAGCAAAAGCGAACUACGUAUAUGUUAUCACGCUGAUCUGAAUGUAUGUAUGUACGUUAACGCAUUUUUAUUUGAUAGCCGUAAAAAUCCCUGAAAACGCUGAGAUCCCCCACUUUUCAGUUCUUUGCCUAUGAGCUUUGUACCUUCUGUUGCCAAUUAAGUCAAGCGCCUUGUCAGAGCUUUUUACCUAUAAAUAUACACGAUACUCUAUGAACGACCUAUUGAAUAACCCACGAAGCGAACCCAAGUCGAGAUUACAGGAGGCUAUAUACAUUUAAAUUUGGAUGCGAUUGUUUGAAAAACUGCUGGUCAUUCGAGCAUAUGAAAUAUGUUUGCAAGAAACCGAACGCAGCUUCGUUCGGCGGCAGAGUGUAGCUUUUUAUAUGAACUAAACAAAAUUGAUGAAAAAUUAUACACUGAAACUGAAACGGGGGAAAUAAAUCUUAUUUACUGUACUAUAAUUCCAA